CCCAUUGGGUUGUGUUCCAAUGUGAUUACCUCAACUUGCGUCCCAAAGGAUUUUAUAAUUCAUGGUGAGUCUUGACCAAGGGCAGACUGUCCAUUCAGGUACUUGGGCACUGCCCAAGGGCCCAGGGGUCAGUAGGGGGCCCCAUGAGAUGCCCCUGGUACUUUUUUCAUAGGCUUUUUUGAGUUUGGGCAAGGACACAGGGGCCCCGUGAUCCCCUAUUGCCCAGGGGCCCCAUGAGUUGUCAGUCCG